AUGAAUUUCAUAAUUAUAACAGUUUUGUUCACACUUACUGUAUUCGUAUCACAGGCGUAUGCAAAUGAACCGGGAAGAAACUCGACUGUCACGGAAUAUCAAAAUAGACCGGCUACAACAAGACGACCUACCCAAAAUUUAGCAUUAUUUCAAAGACCUUUACUAGGAGGUUCUGGAAAUUUCUUAAAUUCUUUAGGAUCUCUUCUUGGUAAUUUAGGAAGUCUUGCAGGUCUGGGAGGUCCUGGAGGCUCUGGUCUUCUUGGUGGUUCUGGAGGUUCUGGACUUCUUGGAGGUUCAGGACUUUUUGGAGGUUCUGGACUUCUUGGAGGAUCUGGAGGUUCUGGACUUCUUGGUGGUUCUGGAGGUUCUGGACUUCUUGGUGGUUCUGGAGGUUCUGGACUUCUUGGAGGAUCUGGAGGUUCUGGGCUUCUUGGGGGUUCAGGAGGUCUUGGUAGUCUUUUCAAUUUCGGAAACUUAGGCAAUUUCGGAGGUUCCAACUCUGGAGGUUCCAGCUCCGGAGGUUCUGACUCCGGAAGUUCCAACUCACUCGGAUUAUCGAAUUUAUUCGAAGGAGCCACUUCCAGGUUAAAUGAAGUUUUGGGCACUAUGACGGGUGUUUUGGCAGCCGUCGGAGGUGGCUAUCUAUUAUACGUAGCUAUGGUGGCUGCAUAUGGUAACGUUCUAGGACAGCAAUAUCAUUUAGCGGGACAUCGCAGUUCCGAAAAUUUCUUCGAGAAAAUAUCAUCUCUCGAUUACCCCGAAUUAGUUUUUGAUUGGUUAAAAGUAGAAGACGAACAAUGCAAAACGAAAAUGGUUUGUCAGCUGCAUUCAUUUUUAUCUCAAAAUGGUUUACCAGCUGUUGCGUUAGACGGAUUGAGCCGGAAAAUUCCAGGAAUGAAAAAAUAUAUUAAAGCGGCAAGAAGAGGAGCGAAGAAUCAAAGUUGUCACAAUUCCUGUCCUCUGUCAUUUACUCAAAUUUUCUUAAGGGCAUUUGGAUUUCUUUGACACUUUUACAUAAUUCAA